AUGGCAUCAAAGUCGGUGAACAUGUUGGAUCUGGAGAAGAGUUGUGUGCUGUGCUGUCAAGAGCUGGAUGUAUACGCAGUGGGCAAAUGUGACCAUCCCAUCUGCUACCGCUGUUCCACCAAGAUGAGAGUGCUGUGUGAACAGAAGUACUGCGCCGUGUGCAGAGAAGAAUUGGAUAAGGUGGUUUUUGUUAAAAAGGUGUCCCCUUUUUCCAGUAUCAACACCACCCAGAUGCAGAGUGAGAAGAAAUAUGAUAUAUACUUCAGUGAUGGCAAAGUAUUUUCUCUGUACAGGCGGUUGCUGCAACACGAAUGUUGGAUGUGUCCUGAGAUGAGACCUUUCCACACCUUUGCUGACCUAGAGCAACAUAUGAGAAAACAUCAUGAGCUCUUCUGCUGUAAGCUGUGUGUGAAUCAUUUGAAGAAUUUUACCUAUGAGAGGAAGUGGUACAGCCGCAAGGACCUGGCUCGCCAUCGUAUCCAUGGUGACCCAGAGGACACUUCCCAUCGUGGUCAUCCUCUCUGCAAAUUCUGCGAUGAACGAUAUCUCGACAAUGACGAGUUGCUGAAACAUUUACGCAGGGACCAUUACUUCUGCCAUUUCUGUGACUCCGAGGGGGCCCAGGAAUACUAUAGCGACUACACUUUUCUACGGGAACACUUCCGUGAAAGUCAUUUCCUGUGUGAGGAGGGUCGGUGCAACACAGAGCAGUUCACACACGCAUUCCGUACUGAAAUAGACUACAAGGCCCACAAGACAUCCUGCCACAGCAAGAACCGUGCAGAGGCCAGGCAGAACCGUCAGAUCGACAUCCAGUUCAGCUACACUCCCCGGCAUAACCGCAGGGCUGAAGCGAUGGUAGGAGGAGACGACUAUGAAGAGGUUGACAGAUAUAACAGGCAGAUGAGAGGACGUGGAGGGCAGCAAAACAAAAGAGGGAGCUGGAGAUAUAAACGGGAAGAAGAAGAUCGGGAGGUGGCAGCCGCUGUAAGAGCCUCCGUAGCAGCCAGGCGACAGGAAGAGAUGGGGAGGAAACCAGCACUGGAUGUUUCUGAGAUUUCAAAAUCUAGGAAAGAGGAGGCUCGGGAUCCUGACGAGGGGCGCAGACCUAAGGCUGUUCCAAAACCCCCCACUGAAGCUGCAGGCCCUGGUGAUUCCAGCAAAGUGACUGGCAUAUCUAAUGGUGUCUUGAGAGAGGAGGACUUCCCUGCCAUCGGCUCAGCUGUGGCCACUCCUUUGCUAAGCAUGGCCAAGAAUUCUGCUAAGCUGAAAGAAGAGGACUUUCCUAGUCUGACAGCGGUGGUAUCCUCAGUCCCGUCAUCUGUUCCACCAUAUACAGAAAGAAUGUCAUAUACCGCAUCCACCAAGUCCUCCAAUGCCUUCCAUGAGGAGGACUUCCCAGCUUUGGUGUCCGUAGGCAAGCCUGGAAAACCACUUUCCUCUGUCGGUUCUGCAUGGGCUGCUCCCUCUUCAAAAAGCACAACAAAAACCACAGCUCCUGCUCUGGCACCUUCAGCCAAGGCCACAAAAAAAGUUACUGCAUCAAGCAUUGGGAAAGGGGGAUUGGCCAAAGCAAAAAAAGGUUUGUCCUUCUCAGAGGAUGAGGAUGAUGGCACUGGUAUGACCGCACAAGAGUUCCGUAAUGCUCCGACCAUGAUGGAUAUCUCUAAACUGCUGACCGCUAAUCCACAAACCAGCUUUAAGCUCAACAAAAAGAAGCGGGUUGGCGUGGAGAAGCAAAAUCCUCCCGCUGUUCUCAGCUUCCAGAAGACAGGUCCACCUUCUCCUCCCUCAAGGAAAAUGCCACAGAGACCGAGCGUACGCCAACCCCACCUGCCACUUCCAUCCUCAGUGACAAGUCAAACACUGUUGUAAAUGGACUUAGCGAGCGGAAACCUCCAGAAAAAGGAGGCGGGGAAAGGGAACCUCCUGGUUUUAGUAAAACGGCAAACUCUGUACCAAAAUACCCUCUGCCAGAGGAGGACUUUCCAGCACUGGUGAAUAACAAUGUCCGGACAAAGCCACCACCAGGAUUUUCUCCUGUAGUAUCUGCGGCCUCUAUGGUACCACCUCCAGGAUUGUCCUCUGUGGGUAAACCCCCUCCAGGUUUUGCCAGUGUCUCUUCUGCGCCCAUUCCUGCCGAAACACCCGUCAAACCAGCAAAAGAGGUAUCGUUCUGCCCCGAUACUUACUUGGUACCUGAACAUUUCCAGCAGAGGAACAUUGACCUGAUUAGUUCCAUCAAGGAUUACCUUCACAGCGACGAGUCCAGAUUUAAUGAAUUUAAAUCCCACUCUGGCAAAUUUCGACAGGGGUUGAUUUCAGCCUCAGAAUAUUAUAAAAACUGCAGAAAACUUCUUGGUGACAACUUCAGUCUAAUCUUCAAUGAGUUGCUGGUUCUGCUUCCUGAUAAUGCCAAGCAGCAGGAACUGCUGGCCGCUCACCAAGACCUCCGAGUGCAAGAAAAACAAACUUCCAACAAGACUAAGAAGAACAAGAAGUCUGCCUGGAAUACAGACUUCAGGGUGCCCGACCUGGACUACUCUGUGUGCCCCACCUGCAGACAGGUGCUGGCUCCCCGGGACGUUGCCCAUCACAAAACAUUGCAUCUAGAGGAUAAAGACUUCCCAUCACUCCAAGCCAUCAGCAGGAUCAUCAGUUAA